AUGGAUCAAAGAGAAAGAAGUCUUAAUAAUUACAAAAAUUUAAAUUAUCAAGUUGAUAUAGAAUAUGUUGUCAAGAUAUCUCGAACACUUUUAACACCAAUUGGAAUUUACCCUUUGUAUGGAUCAGAUACUAAUUUAAGUAAAUUUCUCGUUAGACUCCAAACACUCAUGGUAUUUGGACUGAUGUGUUUCUUACUAGUUCCUCAUUUCAUUUGGACAUUCUUUGAUGCUGAUGACCUUUCACGAUUGAUGAAAAUUAUCGCAGCUCAAGUAUUCAACUCGUUAGCUUUGAUCAAAUUUUGGACCUUGAUUAUCAACAAAAAAGCUUUGAGAGAUUGUUUGCAACAAUUGGAGGAUAAUUGGAAGAAUGUAAUUUGUGAAGAAGAUAGAUUAGUGAUGGUAAAAAAUGCUAAAAUCGGUAGAUUUUUUACAGUAGCAUAUUUAAGUCUUUCUUAUGGUGGUGCAUUGCCUUAUCAUAUCAUAAUGCCCUUAGCAGCAGAACGAAUUGUUAAGGAAGAUAAUACUACUCAAAUACCGCUACCUUAUCCAAGUGAUUACGUUUUUUUUGUUCCUAGUGAUUCUCCUGGCUAUGAAAUGCUUUUUAUUACACACAUUAUUAUCAGUACUAUUAUUUUAUCAACCAAUUGUGGUAUUUAUAGUCUUAUUGCUACUUAUGUCACUCAUGGCUGCUGUCUCUUUGAAGUUGUUUGCAGACAUCUAGACAAUUUGACAAAAAAUGGAAUAAAUGAUGAAUUUAACUCGCAACUUGCCUGGAUUGUUCAAAAACAUUCUAUUGCUAUUGAAUAUGCUGAAAAACUUGAACAAUCCCUUAACAUUGUUUUUCUCUGUGAAAUGGUUGGCUGCACAAUUAUUAUUUGUUUUUUAGAGUAUGGAGUAAUGGUGGAAUGGGAAGAUGGACAAGUUCUUGGGUUAAUGACAUAUGGAGUAUUGAUGACAUCCAUUUUUGUUAAUUGUUUUAUUAUUUCUUAUAUUGGAGAACGUCUUAAAGCACAGAGUAUAAAAGUUGGUGAAUGCUCAUACUUCAUCGAUUGGUAUAACUUGCCAAAAAAUAUUGUAAUUGAUUUAAUGUUUAUAAUGAUUCGAUCCAGUCAACCAGUUACUUUAUCAACUGGAAAAAUAAGUGAUUUAUCUUUACAAGGAUUUGCUGGUGUUGUCAAGACUUCAGCAGCAUAUUUAAAUUUCAUUAGAGCCGUUGUCUAAUAUCCCAAGCACUUCUCAUUAAGUAGUCAGACAAUUAAAUCAGUAAACUUGUCACUUUAUCCAAUUAUUCAUUAAUACAUUUCACGU